AAGGUACGUUCCGUUGACCUCUCACACGUGAUGAUGCAGCGGCAAAGCUUAUCCGUCUGAUUGAAAAAAGUGUCUUCACAAAUGCUAGUCAACAUGUCGUAAUAUUGUUAUUACGGUCUGGAGUUAGUAUUUUCCUAUGUCAGGAAAAACUGUUCAUUUGUACUAUUUCACAACCAAUGCUGCCACUUGAUAGCUGAGGAAGAUGACAUCCAUUAUCAAGUUGACAGCCGUGUCGGGGGUUCAGGAGGAGUCUGCCCUGUGCUACCUGCUUCAGGUGGAUGAAUUCCGCUUCCUCCUUGACUGCGGCUGGGAUGAAAGUUUUUCUAUGGAAAUCAUAGAUGCAAUGAAACGACACGUCCACCAGGUCGACGCCGUGCUCCUCUCCCACCCUGAUCCCCUGCAUCUAGGUGCCUUGCCCUACGCUGUGGGGAAGCUGGGUUUAAACUGCCCCAUCUAUGCUACGAUACCUGUAUACAAGAUGGGCCAAAUGUUCAUGUAUGAUCUAUUUCAGUCUCGGAACAACAGCGAAGACUUCAAUCUCUUCACACUUGAUGACGUGGACAGCGCCUUUGACAAAAUCCAGCAGUUAAAAUACUCCCAGAUUGUGAAUUUAAAAGGGAAAGGACACGGCCUGUCCAUCACUCCCCUUCCAGCCGGACACAUGAUCGGUGGAACCAUCUGGAAGAUCGUCAAAGACGGAGAGGAGGAGAUUGUCUAUGCUGUGGACUUCAACCAUAAGAGAGAGAUCCAUCUCAACGGGUGUAUACUGGAAAGCGUGAGCCGGCCCUCCCUCCUCAUCACGGACUCCUUCAACGCCUUGUACGUGCAGCCGCGUCGCAAACAGAGAGACGAGCAGCUCCUCACCAAUGUGAUGGAGACCCUCCGCGGCGACGGCAACGUCCUCAUCGCCGCGGACACGGCCGGCCGCGUGCUGGAGCUGGCCCAGCUGCUGGACCAAAUCUGGAGGACGAGGGACGCGGGGCUGGGCGUGUACUCCCUAGCCCUGCUCAACAACGUCAGCUACAACGUGGUGGAGUUCUCCAAGUCCCAGGUGGAGUGGAUGAGUGACAAGCUCAUGAGGUGCUUCGAGGACCAGCGGAACAACCCCUUCCAGUUCCGCCACCUGUCGCUGUGCCACAGCCUGGCGGACCUGGCCCGCGUCCCCAGCCCCAAGGUGGUGCUCUGCAGCCAGCCCGACCUGGAGUCGGGCUUCUCCCGGGAGCUCUUCAUCCAGUGGUGCCGCGACGCCAAGAACUCGGUCAUCCUGACCUACCGCACCACGCCCGGCACCCUGGCCCGCUACCUCAUCGACAACCCCGGGGAGAGGAUGCUGGACCUGGAGGUCCGAAAACGAGUAAAGCUUGAGGGCAAGGAACUGGAAGAUUUCCUUGAAAAGGACAAGGUCAAGAAAGAGGCAGCCAAGAAGCUGGAGCAAGCAAAAGAGGUGGACGUGGACUCGAGCGACGAGAGCGACAUGGAGGACGACCUGGACCAGCCGGCCGUGGUGAAGACCAAACACCACGACCUGAUGAUGAAGGGCGAGGGCAGCCGCAAGGGCAGCUUCUUCAAGCAGGCCAAGAAGUCCUACCCCAUGUUCCCCACGCACGAGGAGAGGAUCAAGUGGGACGAGUACGGCGAGGUCAUCAGGCCGGAGGACUUCCUGGUGCCCGAGCUGCAGGCCACGGAGGAGGAGAAGAGCAAGCUGGAGGCCGGCCUGUCCAACGGCGACGAGCCCAUGGACCAGGACCUCUCCGUGGUGCCCACCAAGUGUACCUCCAGCAUCGAGAAUAUCGAGAUCAGGGCCAGGGUGACGUACAUCGACUACGAGGGGCGCUCGGACGGCGACUCCAUCAAGAAGAUCAUCAACCAGAUGAAACCCAGGCAGCUGGUGAUCGUCCACGGGCCGCCGGACGCCAGCGCCGACCUGGCCGAGUCCUGCCGGGCCUCCAGCAAGGACAUCAAGGUGUACACGCCCAAGCUGCAGGAGACCGUGGACGCCACCAGCGAGACCCACAUCUACCAGGUGCGGCUUAAGGACUCGCUGGUCAGCUCCCUGCACUUCUGUAAGGCCAAGGACACGGAGCUGGCCUGGAUCGACGGCGUGCUGGACAUGCGCGUGGCGAAGGUGGACACGGGCGUGCUGCCGGAGGCCGUGAAGGGCGAGGAGGAGGUGGGCGAGACCAUGCUGACGGAGGACGGCGCCGGCCAGGACCCCGCCAUGGACGUGGGCGUCACCGGGGAGACGGCGGGCGAGGGAGAGGGCGAGGAGGGCGGCGUGGCCCUGGCGGCGGUGGCCAAGCGCGCCAUGAAGAGCCUGUUCAUGGAGGACGAGCGCGAGCCCUCCGACGAGAGCGACGUCAUCCCCACGCUGGAGCCGCUGCCCACCCAGGAGGUCUCGGGCCACCAGUCGGUGUUCAUCAACGAGCCGCGCCUCUCCGACUUCAAACAGGUGCUGCUGAGGGAGGGCAUCCAGGCCGAGUUCGUCGGCGGCGUGCUGGUGUGUAACAACAUGGUGGCCGUCCGCAGGACGGAGGCAGGGCGCAUCGGCCUUGAAGGCUGCCUGUGUGAUGACUACUUCAAGAUCCGGGAGCUGCUGUAUCAGCAGUACGCCGUGGUAUAGAGGAGGAAGAGGACGAGGAAGAGGAUAAGGAGGAGGAGGAGGCGGCGGGGGCAUCACCAUCAGCCAGACACAUUCCCUCCUUGAGGAUUUCCCCCCCCCCCCCCCCCGUGCCCUAGAGGAGUGCAGU